AACAAUACGAGUAUGGCUGAAGAGAGACAGUGGACAAUACUGGCCCAGCAUCUAUCACACCAUGUCAUCCCCAUGUUCAGCCAUGGCUUAUCAUCAUGACAGCAGAAGAAUAUUUGUAGGCCAGGAUAAUGGAGCUAUCAUGGAGUUUCAUAUUUCAGAAGACUUUAAUAAGAUGAACUUUGUGAAGACUUAUCCAGCUCAUCAGAAUCGAGUGUCUGCUAUUACUUUUUGCCUGGCAUCAGAGUGGGUUAUCAGCACCGGUCAUGACAAGUGUAUCAGCUGGAUGUGCACCAGGAGUGGGAGUAUGUUGGGAAGGCAUUACUUCACCUCUUGGGCUUCAUGUCUACAAUAUGAUCAUGAAACUUGGCAUGCAUUUGUUGGUGAUUAUUCUGGACAGAUCACUCUCCUGAAGCUUGAGCAGAAUACAUGCUCAGUUAUCACAACACUCAAAGGGCAUGAAGGAAGUAUUACUUCCCUGUGGUGGGAUCCUGCUCAACGACUGCUCUUCUCAGGUGCCUCUGAUCACAGCAUUAUCAUGUGGGAUAUUGGUGGAAGGAAGGGACGAACACUGCUGCUUCAGGGUCAUCAUGACAAGGUGCAGGCUAUCUGUUACCUACAGCUGACACGGCAGCUGGUAUCUUGUUCAGCUGAUGGGGGAAUUGCUGUUUGGAACAUGGAUAUUAGCCGAGAAGAGGCUCCUCAAUGGCUAGAAAGUGAUUCCUGCCAGAAGUGUGAACAACCUUUCUUCUGGAAUAUAAAGCAAAUGUGGGACACAAAGACAUUAGGGUUGAGACAGCAUCAUUGCAGAAAAUGUGGGCAAGCAGUGUGUGGCAAGUGCAGUACCAAACGGUCAAGUUACCCAAUCAUGGGAUUUGAGUUCCAGGUCCGUGUCUGUGAUUCCUGUUUUGAGUCAAUCAAGGACGAAGACCGUACUUCCUUGGCAACCUUUCAUGAAGGAAAACACAACAUUUCACACAUGUCCAUGGACAUCUCCAGAGGGCUAAUGGUGACUUGUGGGAGCGACCGGAUUGUGAAGAUCUGGGACAUGACGCCAGUAGUUGGUUGCAGCCUUGCAACUGGCUUCUCUUCACGCUGAUCUCAUACAUGACAGGGUUAUGCACCUUAUGUACAGCAAUAUGCACCGAACAGAUGGAAUUCUUCUUACGAAUAUUACCGCAAACACUGGUCGCUUGGUUCUUCUCCUGCUGCUGUUCCAGGAUGGACAGUCGCCUUUGUAGAGCACGGCUUUUCUGUUGGGCUCACCAGGAAUCUCCUUGGUGCGGAAGUGCAGUUUUGCAGCCUCUUGGACUAACUUAAAAUGGCUACCUGCAAUAUGACCCUUUGAUGAAAGGACCUGUUGUUUCUCAGUUUACAUACGUAGUGUUAACAGUGUGCUGUCUCUGCUGAUGUAUCUUGUACAGAUACCUUGUAGCUAAACCAUUAUCUGGGUAAAAUGAGUGUAGUAAAUGCAAUUUGUGCAAAUAGUAAAAUAACUUAUUCUCUCUUCCAAAA